GUCUGGGCCUUCCCUUGGCAGGGAGGGGGGCUUGCCGCGGGCUGUGCCCCCAGGGCAGGGCGCGCUCCUCCAGUCACUGAGUCUCUGCGUCCCCUUCCAGGCCUCUACGGGAAGGAUGGCAUCCUGCCGGCACGGAAGAUGCUUCGCUUCACAGGCAAGGGCUUCUGGGAGCAGCUGCGGGACUCCCCCACUCUGCUGUGGCUGGGCCCCCACCUGGGGCUGGACACGGAGCAGGGCCUGGAGCUGCUGUGCCUGCUGGGGACGCUGCUCUCCUUCGGGGCCCUGGUGCUGGAGCCCCUGCGAGACAGCCUGGUCUUCCUGGCCCUCUGGGCGCUCUACCUGUCGCUCUACCAGGUGGGACAGGUGUUCCUGUACUUCCAGUGGGACAGCCUUUUGCUGGAGACAGGCUUCCUGGCUGUGCUAGUGGCCCCCCUGCAUCUGCUGAAGUGGCGCUCAACAGCCUGGAGGGCGCACGAUGGGAUGACCUUCUGGCUGGUGCGCUGGCUGCUUUUCCGGUUGAUGUUUGCCUCGGGGGUGGUGAAGCUGACCAGCCGCUGCCCCACCUGGUGGGGGCUCACAGCCUUGACUUACCACUACGAGACCCAGUGCAUUCCCACCCCAGCCGCGUGGUUUGCCCACCAGUUGCCGUUCUGGUUCCAGAAAUUCAGCGUGGUGGCCACCUACGUGAUCGAGAUCGCCAUCCCGCCCCUGUUCUUUGUGCCGCUGCGUCGCCUCCGCCUGUUUGCCUUCUACACCCAGGUCUUCCUGCAAGUCCUGAUCAUCCUCACCGGCAACUACAAUUUUUUCAACAUGCUGACGGUAGUGCUGAGCUUCUCCCUGCUGGAUGACGAGCACGUGGGGCUGUGGCUGGGCCACGGCCGGAAGAAAGCAAGCGGUGCCUGGCCCUCGCGGUUGGCUGUCCUGCUGGCAGAGCUGGGGGUCUACGGCUUCUUGGUCUACUGGACCACCCGGUCCUUCGGGCUGACGAUCAACUGGGAGAAGAGACUCCUUGAGUCCAAGACAGCGUUCACCUAUCAUGAGUUCAUGCAGUGGCUGAAGAUGGUGACCCUUCCUUUGGUGGCCCUGGGGUUUCUCUCCCUGCUGUGGGAGGUCCUUCAGGCCGGAUACAGGAGUGCCUGCGUCCGGGGCUUUUUCUGGAAACUCUGGGCCGCCCUGCAGUGGGCCAUUUUCACCACUGCAGCCUUAGGGAUGUUCACUAUCAGCCUGGUCCCCUUCACAUACAUAGAGUACGAGUCCAACGGAAAGCUCUGGCCGGGCAUCCAUCACCUCUUUGGGGCCGUCGACCGCUACCAGCUGGCCAAUUCCUACGGGCUCUUUCGGCGGAUGACGGGAGUUGCGGGGCGGCCAGAGGUGGUGGUGGAAGGCAGCUACGACAAGGAGACGUGGACGGAGAUAGAGUUCAUGUACAAACCGGGCAACGUCAGCGCUCCGCCGCCCAUCGUGGCCCCGCACCAGCCCCGCCUGGACUGGCAGAUGUGGUUCGCUGCUCUGGGCCACCACACGCACAGCCCCUGGUUCACCAGCUUCGUCUACCGCCUCCUGCAGGGCAAGAAGGAAGUGAUCCACCUUGUGCAGGUGGACGACUCCAAGUACCCCUUCCGGUCCCAGCCCCCAGCCUACAUCCGGGCCCAGCUGUACAAAUACUGGUUCACCGAAGCUGGGAAGGAUGGGACCCUUCCUCAGAAAUGGUGGAGGCGCCAGCGGAUUGAGGAAUUCUACCCGGUGGUCUUCCUGGGUGACCCCAACCUAGAAGCUCAGUUGGCCCAGCACGGGCUUAAGGACAAGCCUCCCCUGAAGCGCCCUCCGGAUGCCCUCCUCCCAAGCCUGCUGCAGCGAGUGCGAGAGCGCCUCCGUCCCUACACCGGCCCGGCGGUCAUCUGGUCCCUGUAUCUCACCGCAGCGGCCAUUGGCUUCCUGCGGGGACUGGGCAGCCGUCUGCCGGUGGGAGGGGUCCCCGGCGGCGGGAAGCACAAGCAGGUCCGGCCGGCCAGCGCAGUGGCAGAUGGGACUGGGGAGCGCUUCCUGAAGGCUGGGGAGCCCCCGUUGCUUCUUUGGGGAUCGCCAGGUGACCUGCCCUUCCUGGCAUCGUUGGAUCGUCGGCAGGCUGCGUGGGAUGCGAAGCUCAGCCGCUAG